AUGACUUUCCGGCACCAAUUCCCCCAAUGUUCCAUUUCGGCACCGCUGAUUGCUAGCGAGGAUUCCAGACGCCUCUCCCAGAGUAACAUGGCCUAUGAUAUUUUUUUCGAGACUCCUGUUCCCAGAGCCUUGGCAAGAGCCGUAUACCCGUACGGAAUCCCGCCUUUUGGAAAGAGCGCUUCUGGGAGAGAUCUUGAUUGGGGCGGGAGCCUAAGUGAACAAGCCCCACAGGAUAUGCCCAACAUGACAGAUUUGACCAUCAUAACGUCUUCCGGGGUUGUAUUACUUAGCGGCGCCCUGUCGGAUUCUCUUGCCGCAGAAGCCACACCGUCCAGCGAUAUCGGGAUGCUUCCUGAUGCCAGGACAUCUGGUCUAUCGUACCAUCUUCGCGGGGGAGUCUCUCCGCAUCAAGUCACUGGCCAAGCAAAGGAACAUCUCCGGUACCUGCAGGAUCCCUAUGAGACUAGAUGCCGUGAGAUUCAGCAACGUCCGAUAGGAAGUUGCCCAACAAGUGUUUCGACCUCCAAGG